ACUUUUAUCAGUUGCUACAAUUUUAUUUUUUAAUUAAAAAAUAUAAUGUAUUUGAAACUUUGAAAGUACAAAUAAUUGAAAGUUGUGAGUGUUGUGAGCAAUGAACAAUCAUCAUUCAACUUGUGUGCUCUCGGCUAGAAAAUGCCAUUAAAUUACGACCUAGUCUUUACAGAAAUCUGGAAGCAUUUACGAGAUAGUCAGUUAAAAAGUUUUGAUGUAAUUUUCAAGCCAGAAGAAAAUGAUUCAUUGCCAGUAAUCUGUAUUGAACAAAAUUUGGGAAUCGAGUCAUGGUGUAUCAAAGAUCUGUACGUCCAAGCGUUCAAUAUUGUAUUCAAACUAACUUCAGUUGGAGAUUCCAUUCGCUAUGACGCUUCAAUUCUUAUCCUUCUGCUAUUAAAUCCGAACAUCAAAACCUUAUGGAACAAACGAAAAUCUUCAAUGUUGGCUGGAAAAUCGAAUGUACCCUUCGAAUUAAAUUUCACAAAAUUAGUAUUGACUUAUAAACCAAAAUCUCAAGAUGCUUUAAACUAUAGAAAAUGGUUACUCAAAGUGUACAAUCAUAUCAGCUACACUCACUUUGUGUCAAAUGACUUGAAUCUCAUUUUAGAUGCAGCUAGUCGUCACACUAAUAACCACGUAGUAUGGGAUUAUGGAAUAUGGUACCUCAACUCCGCCGAUACUCAAACCACAGCCAAACUUUCAGUCGAAUUAUGGGACCAAACGACUGCUUGGAUUAAUCGAAACAUAUCAGACUACAGCGGUCUUCAUUUUCGUCAAUUUAUUAUCAAGAAAUUGAUUUCCGAAGAUAUCGUGCAAUUAGUAGAUAACAAUUUUAAAAAAAGAAUCAUCCUGACUGGUUUCGAGUUUAUUGGCUCUGUAUUGAAGAUAUCCGACGAAAAUGUAAUAAUCGAGUAUUGUCAAAAAUUUACCACAUCCGAGUAUAGUAAUUUUUAUCUAGUCGGUAUUCUUUUAGCUGAUUUCGAAUUGAAUGAAAAUUUGAUCUCAUUUUAUGAUAACCACGAAGCAUUGUGGAAUCAUAGACGUUUCUUGUGUUACCACUUUUUAUCCUUUUUACCUACUGUUCUUCCAGAUGAUAGUAAAAAAUUAUUUGCAAGCUUGGUUAAAAAUAUUCACGUUAUGUCAGCCAGUUUCCUCGAUGUGAAUGAAUCUAAUUUAUUUGAGUUUUUGUUUCUCAAAAUUCAUUGUAAUUUCUUAGAUAAAUGUCGUAAUCCUGAAAAUCAAUACCAUUCCACGAAAUAUAUAAACUGGCUGAAAAAGUCAAAAAUAUUGAAUCUUAGUUCAUUGUCGUGAAUGUAACGGUUGUUCUCGAUUUUUUUCAUCAACUGUGUAAAUCGUUUACUUGCUAUAAAAAUGUUCCUCUGAAUUACUUAUCCAUAUUAAAUAAAACUUUCAUGUUUCUUGGAAAA